GUCACUACUUGAGCCAAUUCCGCAAAGACAGGGUUGAAUCAUACAUGAGCGUUUACUCCAAACUGCCGGCAGGAUGGGAGAGCAGCAGGUCAUCCACAAAAAUCUGCUCUGCAGCCCCCCCUAAGCCAACUGCUUAUAUAAGAGUCCAAAGGUCUGGCAGGCAUAGCACCUCGGUGCACCCAGGUCACACCCUGCUGGGCAAAGGAGGAAAAGCCAGAGGAGCCUUCGAUGACUGGAAACACCAGGUAACAGGACAGGAAGCUCUGCUCAGGCCAGCAGCCACCAUUUCCUACUUAGGAAGCCUGUGGCUCGAACCACAGCUCCUGGAAAAUCCCACGUACCCUGUGACGCAAGCCCCAGGGAUGAGCCUGCUCAAGCUGCUGCUUUUCCUGGCCCACUGGGGAGUCGCCAGGGCUGCUCCAGGGAGGUUCUGGCACAUCUCUGACCUGCACCUGGACCCCGACUACAAGGUGUCCACAGACCCCCUCCAGGUCUGCCCCUCAGCUGGCUCCCGGCCGGUGUACAACUCGGGCCCCUGGGGUGACUACCUCUGUGAUUCUCCCUGGGUCCUCAUCAACUCCUCCAUCCACGCCAUGAAGGAGAUCGAGCCGGAGCCAGACUUCAUCUUCUGGACAGGGGACGACACCCCUCACGUGCCCAACGAGAGGCUGGGAGAAGCAGCUGUGCUGAGAAUCGUGGAACGCCUGACCAACCUCAUCAGAGAAGUCUUUCCGGAUACUAAAGUAUACGCUGCUUUGGGAAAUCAUGACUUUCACCCCAAAAGCCAGCUCCCAGCAGGGAGCAACAGUAUCUACAAUCAGAUAGCAGAACUAUGGAGACCCUGGCUCAAUAAUGAAUCCAUUGCUCGCUUCAAAGAAGGUGCGUUCUAUUCUGAGAAGUUGCCGGGGACGACUGGGCGCGUUGUGGUCCUCAACACCAAUCUGUACUAUACCAGCAACGAGCAGACGGCCAGCAUGGCUGACCCUGCCCUGCAGUUCCAGUGGCUGGAAGAUGUGCUGAGCAACGCGUCCAGAGCUGGGGAAAAGGUGUACAUCAUUGGCCACGUGCCCCCGGGGUUCUUUGAGAAGAAAGGGAACAAAAUGUGGUUCCGGGAGGGAUUCAACGAGAAGUACCUGAAGGUGGUCCAGAAGCAUCAUCGAGUCAUCGCAGGGCAGUUCUUCGGGCACAACCACAUGGACAGCUUUCGGAUGUUCUAUGAUAAUGCAGGUGCCCCCAUCAGUGUCAUGUUCCUUACACCUGGAGUCACCCCAUGGAAAACCACAUUACCUGGAGUGGUCAAUGGGGCCAACAACCCAGGCAUCCGAGUGUUCGAAUACGACCGAGCCACGCUGAGCCUGCAGUGUCCCCAAGAUAAGAUGGAUCUCCUCAGCCUGGUAUUCAAGUAUGCCCUCAGGCCCACUGCCUACAGAUCUGUCUUCUCUACACCGAUUACACUGCAGCUAAUGCAGGUUCCCAACUCACCAAGCAGCCCGUCACCUCCCGGGAUGUGCUUGUGAUGAUUGAAAUGACAAAGAAACAUUAUUCCUUAAUUUAUUCAACAAACUAUUAAUGGUCUGCUAUGUGCCAGGCCGGUGCUAAGCACAGGAGAUACCUAAGUGAACACAACAAAGUCACUGCUUUCCUGGAGCUGACGUUCUUACAGGAGUAAACAACUAAGUCAAGUCAAGUACGACAUGAGAUACGUGCUAAGGAGAAAAGAAAACAGCGAAGAGGCAGGUGGUGACGAUGGUCAUAGAGUGUGUGUGCCGUUACAGGUGUGGCAGGAAAGUGUCACUGACAGGAUGACAUUUCAAUCCCGAGUAAACUGAGGGAGCGAGCCAUGUGAGCAUCUGGUGGAGGAAGGGCGAGUCUUUUGCCCUGGGGUGGGAGUGUGGCUGGUGUGUUAGAAGAGCAAGGAGGCCAGUGUGGCCACAGUGGGAGGGACAAGGUUAGAUCACGCAGGCCAUGAGUAGGACUCUGGAUUUGGAAGGUUUGGGGCCGAAGAAUUAAAUAUGCUGACUUACAAAAUUUACAAAGCCACCAUAUCUGCUGUGCAGAGAACAGGCUGUAGAGGUCAAGGGCAGAAGCAGGAGGACGAGACAGGAGGUGACUGCACCAACCACGAGAGGUGAUGGUGCAGCAGGUGGUGAGACGUGCCAGAUCCUGGAUGUAUUGUGACGGCAGAGCAGACAGGAUUUGCUGGUGGACUGGACGAGGGGUGUGAGGAAAGAGGAAUCCAGGAGGACUCCAAGGCUUUGGUUUGAAAACCUGGAAGGAGGAAGUUGCUGUCGACUGCAAUGGGAUCACUGCAGGAGCAAGUUUGGGAGGGAAGACCAGAAAAUUGGUUUUGGACCUGUUAGCUUCAGGAUGUCUAAGUGGCAUGCAAGUGAAAAUGCCGAGGGAGGAGGCAGCUGGAGUCCCAGGAAGAGGUGGGUACUGAGAUUUAAUCUGGGAGUUGAGAAAUGCCAUCUAAAACACGGACUGGAUAAGAUAACCUCGGUCCUUGAUUCUGGAGUAAAUGAAGGUGGAGAAGAGGGCUGAGGAUUUUGAAGAGUGUGAUCUCUGUCCACAUGGGCACUCAGAGGCCUUUUUCAGCAAGAGGAAUUACAGGCUGGGACUCCCUCCUCCUCCCUGCACCUGGCCCCACCAACGAUCGGUCGUUUGUUUUGCCACGAUGCAAUGUGAGAGGUCGCAGUUCUAGCCUGGGCACCAACAUGCCUAAUCAGCGGUUCUCAACCUGUGGGUCGUGACCCCUUUGGGGGUCGAACGACCCUUUCACAGGGGUUGCCUAAUACCAUCAGAAAACACAUAUAUAAUUACAUAUUGUUUUUGUGAUUAAUCACUAUGCUUUAAUUAUGUUCAAUUUGUAACAAUGAAAUUGGGGGUCACCACAACAUGAGGAACUGUAUUAAAGGGUCGCGGCAUUAGGAAGGUUGAGAACCACUGCCUUACAUCCUUCUCAGGGAGGGAGUCAGACACACGGGGGUUUGAAUCUUGGCUCCGCCACUCAGGAGCUGUUGAACUCCAUGGGCCUCCCUUGCUUCCUCUGUAAAUGGGAGGCAGGAAAUACCACGCAUACAUGGCAGCUCCUCUAACCCUACCUCUAGUGACCUGAAGCAGAUCCACAGAUUUAAGUGGAAAGUGUUGGACAGAUAAACCCUUCCAGAUUCUAGUCCUGAAGAUGCACCUGAGUCCUAGGGGUCUUGGGUGUAUCCCAAGCCUCCAGUCAUCCACAAUUCUAUAGCCUAUCUCAGCCAGGCGCUCCGUCCUACUUCUUCAAGUUGCUUUUUGUCCAUUUAUUCUAUAAAUAUUUACUGAGCAUCUUCUGUGUACCCGGAAGCUUGCUGGGACAGAAAAUGCACAGGCCAGGGGGUCAACCACCUGGUUCCACUCCUGCCUUGGCCACUGAACACCUGUAGGGCCCUGGGCAAAGAAAUUAACCUCUUUAGGACUCAGUUUCUUCAUCUGUGAAAUGGGGAUGAUAAGCGCAGUUACUUCAUCAGAUUCAAUUAGCGGAUGUCACACACACACACACACACACACACACACACACCUGGUAAGUAGUAAAUGCUCAUUACCUAAUAGCAGUCAUUAUGGAGGGUGGGGGCAAAAGCAAGGUGCAGGAUUCGGGGUGGAAGCAGACAGGUAUCCAUAGCCGGCCUCCUGCCCCCU